AUGGAGUCUACGACGAGGAAGGGAAUGUACGGCAGGCGAUUAAAUCGUUUGAAUCGAACGCUCCCUAGUGGCCAACCAAACGAAAGGCGUCAAAUUUCGCUCCACAAGUUCUCAUUUCACACCUUGCCCGCCAUUGCUACCUUCCUCCGUCUCUGCUCCGAUUCAGCCUUAUCAUGCUCUGAUUAACCUCAUGAACUCCAACGCUUCGAAUCCAAAUCCUUCCAUGACGUCCUCCACUGCUGCUGAUUCCUCCGGUAAGAAGGUUCGCAAGCCCUACACCAUUACCAAGUCCAGAGAGAGCUGGACUGAAGAAGAACACGAUAAAUUCCUCGAAGCUCUUCAGCUGUUUGAUCGUGACUGGAAGAAAAUUGAAGAUUUUGUAGGUUCAAAGACAGUUAUUCAGUCGAUGCUGCAGAUUAGGAGUCACGCCCAAAAGUACUUUUUGAAAGUCCAAAAAAAUGGAACGAUAGCACAUGUACCUCCACCUCGCCCCAAACGCAAGGCUUCACAUCCUUAUCCACAAAAGGCAUCAAAAAAUGUUUUGUUACCGUUGCAAGCAUCAAUGGGUUAUCCUUCUUCAGUUAAUACCCUAGCACCUGGAUAUUCUCCUUGGGAUGACGCAUCGAUAAUGAUUAACCCUUCUUUGAGCAAAAUCAUGCAACCACAAGACGAAUUUACAAAUCUUCACAGAUCUGAAAAUGAUAUUGCAUCAGAAGGGACACCAAUGAUCAGUAGUAGCAGCCUCAAUGGUAUUGGAAGCCCUGAUAUGGGAAAGCAGGGGAAACAAGCUCCUAUGCUUCACGGUAUACCAGACUUUGCUGAAGUCUAUGGUUUCAUUGGUAGUAUUUUUGACCCAGACAGUAAAGAACAUGUGAAUAAACUCAAGGAGAUGGAUCCUAUCAACUUCGAAACAGUUUUGUUGUUGAUGAGAAACCUCAGUUUUAACUUGUCCAGUCCUGACUUUGAACCACUCGAAAUCAUUCUGAAGGCUCUGGUUGAUACUCAGUUUUGGAAUUGAAUAGUAUCUUGUUCUCCCUCACAUGGUUAAGCAUUUGAAAACGUUCUAAACGGUUUCUAUGUCGUCUUAACUGAUUUGUUUCAGAGAACUGUGUUGUCAACCUAUGAUGUCAAUACAAAAACAGUAGCAGUCACUGCAGGAAUGCCUACAAAGAAGCAUGCUGAUGAUAUAUCAUGUUGAAUUACUUACUACCUAAAAUUAGCUCUUAUCUACUCUGACUAUUACUCGUCAAAGUCAGAGCAUUGGAACGCCCGAUUAACGCCAGCUGCCAGCCAAGGCUGUUAGAGAAGAUUGUAUCUAAAAUUGGUCUCCGCUGAUUCUUUUGAGGCUCUUUGGAUCCUCCUCUUUGGCACCUUACCAAGGCUCAUAUUUCACGGGUUUGGCCUAUAACCAAAAUGUAUAUUUUUGUAAGAUCUGUUUGAUGAAUUUUGUCAUUUACUAAUAAAAAUACAGCCAUGUUAACUGUUUGCGAGGGUGCUUGAUCGAGCUGUCGAACCAAAAUGUGGCUCGAUCUCAGAGUGGCAUUGGUCAGAUAGGCGAUCUUCUCGUGCUUGUAUCGCUCAAAGUGAGUGUAAAUUGCUGUUGUUAUUUAAGUUCGUCACCUCUUUUGUAAGUGGUUUUUUCUUUUUCCAGAAAGAAUGAAAUUGGUUAGUAUAUAUAAAAGAAACGUGUUUCUAGGUA